AGACCAGAGUAUGACGGCUUUUUCGGAGCAACCUCUGGCGAUUCUGUUCAAAUUCAAUACGGAUUUCAACUGGAGGUUGAACCCUUGUCAUCUGUAAUGGAUAUUUUAGACCUUAUCGAGGACAAAAUAGUUGAUUCUGUUUUGCAAUCGUCAUUCCCAGAAAUGUGUGGAAUGCGUCGGACAAGAAGGACAGAGUCACACGACCAAUAUCUUGCAAGAUCAUUGAAUGAUGGACAUCCUUCUGGAUUUAGGUUUCUUAAAUUCGAAGAAGUUGGUAAGAUUUACAAUCGCUCAAAUCGAAAAAUCAGAUCUGAAAUAUUGUUCUUACAAGAUUUUUUUUUGAUCACGUGGUGUGAUUUCGCACAGCACAAUGUAUCCCGGAAGUGAACGACGUCAAUUUCUGCGGUAUUUUUACCGGAAUCGUAUAUGUGUAUGGAAAACACCAAAACGAAGAAGAAAUUUUCCAAGCAGUGAUGCCUUAUAUCGAUCACGUAUUCGAGACUACGAAUCCUCGUGGUUUACAUUCUGAGUUAGCCAUGAUAUCUCGAGUUGAUGAAUUCUCAUCUACCGCAAGUUUUGACAUCAGUCAAACACCCACUGAAAAUCAAGUGAAACAUAUUAGUCGUGGUGAGUUAUCAGGACUAGAUACGCUCUUGAUAAUAGUUUCAGGACUGAUUUUCCUCUCGAUCCUUUACUAUUUCUACAUCCAAUGGGACGAACGGAGAAGGUACCCUGAUCAUAAGGUGGCGUCCAAUAGUCUGAAUGUAAGAUCUGGAGAUGACUAUAUCGAAGAUGAGUAUGGAGCCAAUGAGGUUGAGUUUGACCAAUAUCAAGAUAACGUCCAGAGCAAUGGUAUACUGAGUUGAAUAUAUGUACACAAAAAUCUGCAACAAAAAAGGGAACAGUUCACUACUGAGCAUUUUCAUAAAAUGAAAAAUCACCAAUGCCAAUAAUUUUGUGUAUCACUCCUCAUUGUAGUACUCUAGCAAGGCCAUAUAUUAUAGUUGAAGCAAGAUUCUUUAAAUAUCUUUAUCUUCUUUAAAGAAACCAAGCUUAGUCGAUUUUUGAAGUAUUUGUGGUGAAAAUACUAUAUAAACACAUGAUGCAUUA